GCGCCCGGCGUUUGCCCUCGGAGCCGGCCGGGAGGAGGCUGCGCGCGGCGGGACGCGGAGGGCCGGCCGGGGGAGCCCCAAAGCCAUGAGCUCCCGGAAAGUGCUGGCCCUGCAGGCCCGAAGGCGGCGCGCCAAGCACCCGGCGGCGGCCGGCCGGAAAGAGAAGCACCCGCCGCACCACAAGAAGCCAGAGCCUCAACAAAAAGUUCCCUCUGCACCACCACCACCGCCUCCACCACCACCUCCGCCUUUGCCAGAGCCGUCCCCACCAGAACCCGAGGAGGAAAUCUUAGGAUCUGACGAUGAAGAGCAAGAAGAUCCUGCCGACUAUUGCAAAGGUGGCUAUCAUCCAGUAAAAAUUGGAGAUCUUUUCAAUGGCCGGUAUCAUGUUAUCAGAAAGUUAGGAUGGGGACACUUCUCUACAGUCUGGCUAUGCUGGGAUAUGCAGGGGAAAAGAUUUGUUGCAAUGAAAGUUGUAAAAAGUGCUCAGCAUUACACAGAGACAGCCUUGGAUGAAAUAAAGUUGCUUAAAUGUGUUCGUGAAAGUGACCCUAAUGAUCCAAAUAAAGACAUGGUUGUUCAGUUAAUUGAUGACUUCAAAAUUUCUGGCAUGAAUGGCAUACAUGUUUGUAUGGUGUUUGAAGUUCUUGGACAUCAUCUUUUAAAAUGGAUAAUCAAAUCCAACUACCAGGGCCUUCCUAUCCGCUGUGUAAAGAGUAUAAUCAGACAGGUAUUGCAAGGCUUAGAUUAUCUCCACAGCAAGUGCAAGAUCAUCCAUACAGACAUCAAACCAGAAAAUAUUUUGAUGUGUGUGGAUGACACCUAUGUGCGCCGAAUGGCUGCAGAAGCUACCGAGUGGCAGAAGGCUGGUGCGCCUCCUCCUUCGGGCUCAGCAGUGAGUACUGCCCCACAACAAAAGCCCAUUGGAAAGAUAUCUAAAAACAAAAAGAAGAAACUGAAAAAAAAGCAAAAGAGGCAGGCUGAGCUUCUAGAAAAACGUUUGCAGGAAAUAGAGGAAUUGGAACGAGAAGCAGAAAGAAAAAAAAUAGAUGAAAAUGUAAACUCUACUGUCCCAUCCAAUGAUCAAGAGGAUGAAUACCAUCCAGAAGUCAAACUAAAAACAGUUGAAUUAGAGGAAGUGGCAGAUGAAGAACCCGGGAAUGAGGACGGUGAAACAGAAGAUCAGGAUGAAAAGGAAGACACUGAAAAAGAAAAUACAGAAAAAGACGAUGAUGUGGAACAGGAACUUCUCAACUUGGAACCUACAGAUACUGCUUGGAUAGAGUCUCCGAAAACAAAUGGCCACAUUAUAAAUGGUCCUUUCUUACUGGAAGAGCAACUUGAAGAUGAAGAUGAGGAAGAGGAAGACUGCUCAAAUGCUGAGCAAUAUAAUCUUGAUGAGCCAAAUGCAAAAAGUGAUUAUAGUUACAGUAGCUCCUACGAACAAUUUAACGGUGAAUUGCCAAAUGGACGUCAUAAAAUCCCCGAGUCUCAGUUUUCUGAAUUCUCAGCUUCCAUAUUCUCUGGAGCUUUAGAUUCUGUAGCUUGUGGUUUGGCCAUUUCUGAAGAGUCACCUGUAACGGAAAGAGACGAAAGUACUCCAUCCCAUGAUAGGAGCAGGACAGUUUCAGCAUCUAGUACUGGAGAUUUGCCAAAAACAAAAACCCGCGCUGCUGACCUACUGGUGAAUCCACUGGAUCCAAGAAAUGCAGAUAAAAUUAGAGUUAAAAUUGCUGACCUUGGGAAUGCUUGCUGGGUGCAUAAACACUUCACGGAGGACAUCCAGACGCGGCAAUACAGAUCCAUAGAGGUUUUAAUAGGAGCCGGUUACAGUACGCCUGCUGAUAUCUGGAGCACAGCCUGUAUGGCAUUUGAACUUGCCACUGGUGAUUAUCUCUUUGAGCCACAUUCUGGUGAAGACUAUUCCAGAGAUGAGGACCACAUAGCACACAUCAUAGAGCUGCUAGGCAAUAUCCCAAGGCACUUUGCUCUCUCUGGAAAAUAUUCUCGGGAAUUCUUCAAUCGCAGAGAUCACAUAGCAUUGAUCAUUGAACUGCUGGGGAAAAUCCCUCGAAAAUACGCUAUGUUGGGGAAAUAUUCCAAGGAGUUUUUCACCAGAAAAGGAGAACUUCGACACAUUACAAAGCUGAAACCUUGGAGCCUCUUUGAUGUCCUUGUCGAGAAGUAUGGUUGGCCUCAAGAAGACGCAGCAGAGUUUACAGAUUUCCUGAUUCCUAUGCUAGAAAUGGUUCCAGAGAAGCGAGCCUCCGCUGGCGAAUGCCUCAGGCACCCGUGGUUGAAUUCUUAGCAGGAUCUCCGGGUCUCUUCCUGGGCCAGCCCUCGCAUCCCCACGCAUCAGACCCUAAGCGGUGACUGUCAUAAGUUCUCUGUAACGGGAUCACAAAUGAGCUGGCUUCAACCCCAGACCUUUAUUUUACUUUGAGGUACCGUUUGACAUUUUGCUUUCUGUGCACUGUGUUUUUGGGAGGGGUAGUCUUUUCGUCUUCAGCUGGUAGUUUUACUGACUCUCUGCAGAAAACACUCACGAAGGUGUCUUCAGGCGUUGUUUCUCGUGUCAUGUGGCAUUCAGACAUCCACUUUCUAAACAGAAACUUCCUUUAUUCUCCUCUCGUGUUUUUGGCAGGUUUUGUAACUAUUUAUGGAAACUGUUUUAGCUGAGUAUUAUAUAAUUUACAAGUGUGAGGCAUUAUCAAGUCAGGAUCGGAAAAAAAUGUACAAUUCUAUCUUCUGGCAAAGGGACAAUUUUCUUGUAAAAUAGUGUAUGUAAAUGCACUCUGUAAAUGUUUAUUUCCAUUAAAAAUAGGAUAGGGGAGGGGGACACACAGAUGAUAGCAUUAAUGCUCCGGGAUCCAGAGAAUUGUAGCAUCCAAACUGCCUGAGUUGAAGCUGCUGCCAGGAACGGCGUCAAGAUCUCCUUUCUGCAGUAGUGCCUGCCUAGGUGGUGGGAUUCAAAAGAAGGUUGCUUCUGUUCGUGACAUUUCAUUCUCCCCAGAAGGCAUUGUAGAGGAAGGCUGAGGCUUCUCUCUGAGGAGAACGCGGUAGUUUUAUCACUUCAGCACGACUGGAGAACGUCUGCCUGUUCCAAGUGCUUUAAGGGAGAAAUUGUAUCAGUUGCUCUGCAAUGAAUUGGGAUGGGGGGGCCUGGGAAUAAUUGCUUUCCAGUAAGGAGGGUUGAUAUAUUAAGGGUUAAUAAGCGGAAGAGCUUUGGGAAAGGUUUCUUUGGGCAGACUCCAGCCUUUAAAGGGAGAAAAAAAGUUACUCCCUCUUCAGGAAGGAAAAGGAAGAAUAGAAUGGAUUGAAAACAGUAAAAAAAAUGAUCAUGCUCCUUCCAUAUAUAGCUUUACAUGUUUCUAAAAUAAAUUGCACUAGCUUAUUUUUCCCAUGAAUUGACAUAAUAAAGGAACUAAUCUUCCUUUGUAAGUUGCACACAAAAUUUUAAGUGUUUCCAUUAAAAAAAAAGUAGAUUCCAAAAGAGAACUCAUAGGCAAUACAGAUUUUAGAAUGUAUAAUACAGAGGUGUAUUUUAGCCUCUUUUAGAAGUCAGUGGAAUGAAUGUAAUUUUUUUCUGUUUUUACACAUUAAUUAUGGUGCCACUUUUUCUUGACUUUGUCCAUUUAAAAUUUAUUCACAUGCUUUUGCAAUAACUAGAUUGUGAGAUGGUACCCUGUGUUGUAACAAUAACCUAUUGUUUGAGGUGCUUGCAAUUGUCUGAUUAAAGUGGUUGUUUUUU